AUGAAGGAAAAGGGUUCAUCAGUCGUCCCAUGCUUGGAAAACCGUCAACGGUACAUUGUUCUUGCAAUUGGAACGCUAUGCAUCGCUUCAAUCGCUUCCAAUAUGACUGUCAUCAACUUUACAAUGAUUUGCAUGGCUCCUAAGACCAACACUUCUGAAUUACCCAUGACUGAUGCUUCAGUGGUGAACUUAGCUUACGAUAACAAGCAGAAGUCUAUCAUUAUGUGGGCAGCAGCAGUAGGAACUCUCGCAGCAGCUUGGCCUUUCCAUUGGUUCUACCAACAAUUCGGAGCAAGGUCCGUUUUCUUUUUCGCUGGAGCUGUGUCAACUUUAUCCACUGCUUUGAUGCCACUAGCUGCUCACCUCCAUUUCAACUUUUUGGUCAUUGCUAGAUUCUUCCAGGGAGUAAGUUUCGGAGCAGAUUUCGCCGCUAUCGGAUUGAUCGUUGUCAACUGGGCCAGUUUGAAGCAACACGGACUCUUCAUCUCACUUCUCUCUUCAUUUUCUCAAAUCUCGGUGAUGUUUACUAUGCCAGUCGCCGGAGAGCUUUGUGAAUCGUCCUGGGGAUGGGAAUCCGUCUACUACGUGCACGCUGUGCUCAGUGGUGUUCUCUUCAGUUUGUGGUGGUGGUUCUACAGAAACAACCCAACUAAACAUCCAAAGAUGACUGAAAUCGAGCUUGAGAAGAUUCACAGAGGAAAAGGAGAUGUCCAAGCACACGAAAAAGCUCCAAUCGCCAAGAUCCUUACUAACUCCGUCAUGUUGGCAGUUUGGCUCUCUGCCUUCGGAGAAUUGAUGAUGUCUCAAUUCAUUGUUAUGUACGGACCAACAUUCUUGAAGGAAGUUCUGGGAUUCGCUGUUAACCACACCGGGUACUUUGUUGCCGUGCCACGUGCUCUUCACUUGGCCUUUAAAAUCAUUUCCGGAGUUGCCAGUGACCGUAUUCACUUCUGGUCUGAGAAGACUAAAAUGAGAAUUUUCAACACGAUCGCUUUGAUGGUUUCCGGUGCGUUUUUCUGUAUUCUCGGUUAUCUUCCAAAGGAUCAAGCUCAUCUCUCCUUGAUUGCUCUCUUGGUCAUCGAAUGCUCCACUGGAUUCAUCUGCGGAGGUUUCUACAAAUGCGCCACCCUUGUAGCCAGACAACACUCUCACUUCGUCCUUUCCCAAAUUCAAUUCAUCAAGUGCCUUUCUCUCUUCAUCGAACCACUUUUGGUCUUCCUGAUCUGUACGCACAACACUCUCGAAGAAUGGAGAAUUGUUUUCCUGACCCACGGAGUUCUUCUCAUUGUUGGAAACAUUAUCUUCUGUUACUACGCUACUGAUGAGCCAGCCGAUUUCACUCAUCUUCCACAAGCACCGAACGGAGAAGAAAUGGCCGAUGUGCCGCCAGAACGAAGAAGACUCACUGAAAACGAAGCAUAA